AAGGGGAUUCUGCUGUAGAAGGAAUUACGCCAUGGUGCAGGGGACCACCCACAAAUGAUGCAGUCCUGGUUCACUCUCGUACAGGACAAGAACAAGCUCUUAAACGAGGAGUCCGAGCUGAUGAUCAGUGCCCGUGAACUGGAACUGCAGGAUCAGAAGAGCAGACUGGAGCAGGAGCUGAGAAGGUACAUGGACAUGGAUGCGUCUCUGAAGACCAAGGAGGACAAACUUGAAGAGGAGAGGAUUUUCCAGGAGAUGAUCGAGGUGGUGAAGAUGAGGGACAGGCUGGUCACGGUCCUGGAACAGCAGAGGCUACAGGAGAUGGAGCAACAUGCCGUCCUGGUGCCCGGAGCUGCCGCCAAAGAUCUCUCCACCUCUGCCUCCAUCACCUGGACCUGAUGAUAAUGCACUUUAACCUCAAGUGGUGCCAGAUUAUUCAAAGCGAGCAAUGUUCCAAGACAAGGCCUUACAGAGACUCUCAUGAAAGUUCACCUCUGCUUCGAUAAUCUUUCAAAUAAAUUUAACGCAACAUAUUUGAGAAGCUAAUUUUUGGAACAUAUAAUCUGCCCUUUAAUUUAAAGUCAGAAUUGUUUUCUCUGCACCGACUGAACAGUUGUCAGUUGUGGGAUCAUCAGCGUUGGCUCCGAGCCGCUCUCCACCACUCACUGUUGCCGCUGUAGUAUGGAGUCACGGGAUCCCAAACUCAAGAAGAUGGACCCUGACGCUCUUAGGUUUACUGCAGAUAUUUUUAUUAUUGUACUAGACCAAGUGCAGACCCGUUGGGUCUGCUCCCCCAAUGGUGUGAUCCCCCAACCCAAUAUUCCACCAUGCACCCGUCUCCUCCAACGGAACUGAGCCGGUUCCCAAAUGUAAGAUUCCAGCACUCCCCUGCCUCCCUCAGCAGUGGAUUUAAAAAUAAUUCCAAUUGCACCUCCCCUGCCUGCUGCAGCAGUUCUAAUUGCAAUACCAAUUGGCCCUCCCCCUCCUGUUGAAGCACUUGCUGUGAUAUCCCAUUGAGGUGAAAAGUUCAGAGUGUUCCUGUCUUGCAACUUUGUUUUGAAGUGUGUUGGAAGCUGAUAGGAAGGAGCAGCCGUCAACGAAUCAAAAGGCAGAAAGGCAGCCGGACGCCGGACGGCAGGCGGCAGCCACACAGUUUUAAUAUAUGAUAGAUAGAUAGAUAGAUAGAUAGAUAGAUAGAUAGAUAGAUAGAUAGAUAGAUAGAUAGAUAGAUAGAUAGAUAGAUAGAUAGAUAGAUAGAUAGAUAGAUAGAUAGAUAGAUCGAUAUACAUCAUGCUAGAGGCAGCGUGUUAUGCUGAAUGUGGCCCACCCACCUUGCCAGCUAUGCUGUGACCCUGUUCACACAAUGCUUGGAUCUGAACCUAUAGAGAGAGGUUGAGCAGGCAAGGUCAGUCUAUUGUGUUUAAGAAGGAACUGCAGAUGCUGGAAAAUCGAAGGUCCACAAAAAUGCUGGAGAAGCUCAGCGGGUGCAGCAGCAUCUAUGGAGCGAAGGAAAU